UUUUUUGCGACGGGCGCAGAAAUUAUACGUCAUAUAUCGGUGACUACAUUUCCCAAAAACGCCCACUGGAUUGAAACUACACAAGACAACAUGGCCGGAAUAUUAGCGUUCCUGAAGAAUGCAUGGAAUAAAGAGCCUGUUAUCCUGACAUCCUGUGCUAUUGGACUGAUAGGUGUUGCACUUCCAUUAAUCAGCCCCCUCACAAAGUACACAGGAAUGAUCAAUUCGUCUACACCCUACAACUACCCAGUCCCUGUGCGAGAUGACGGAAACAUGCCCGAUGUCCCUGCUCAUCCGGGUGAACCAAAAGGAAAAAAUCUGGAUUGGCUCAAAAAGUUUUAACUUGCUAUUUGCAUGAUCAACACAUGUGUCGAUCCUUUUGUUCAUAUGUGUCCGCCAGGUUCCACCUAUUUCCCACAAUAAAGAUGUAUUUAAUUCUA